CACUCCGCGGGGAACGAGGCGGGGCCCCGCGUUCCCCAACGGCCGCCCCGGCUGAGGGGAGCGGGGCUGGCCUUUAUUACUGGCGGCGGCGGCUGGCCGCGGAGGGCGCGGAGGCCUGGGUGAAAGAAGAAUCAAUAAUGUCAGCGCUAAACUGGAAGCCCUUUAUCUAUGGAGGGUUAGCAUCAAUCACUGCAGAAUGUGGUACUUUCCCCAUUGAUCUGACCAAAACACGUCUGCAGGUUCAAGGUCAAGUUAAUGAUGCUAAAUAUAAAGAGAUCCGCUACCGUGGAAUGAUGCAUGCACUAGUCAGAAUAUGCAAAGAAGAAGGAUUGAAAGCCUUAUACUCUGGGAUUGCACCUGCAAUGCUACGCCAAGCUUCAUAUGGUACUAUAAAAAUAGGCACUUACCAGAGCUUGAAAAGAAUGUUUGUUGAGCAUCCAGAAGAUGAAACCCUGAUGAUAAAUGUUCUGUGUGGCAUUCUUUCGGGAGUAAUUUCAUCAUCUAUUGCUAACCCUACAGAUGUCUUAAAGAUCAGAAUGCAAGCCCAAGGUAGCGUGAUUCAAGGAGGAAUGAUGGGCAACUUCAUACAGAUCUACCAAAAGGAAGGCACUAAAGGAUUAUGGAAGGCAAUAUCACUGACAGCACAGAGAGCUGCUAUUGUUGUUGGAGUGGAACUACCAGUGUAUGAUCUUACCAAGAAGCACAUCAUUAUGUCUGGAUUUAUGGGAGAUACAGUAUAUACUCACUUCCUCUCAAGUUUUACUUGUGGGCUAGCUGGAGCCCUUGCAUCCAACCCAAUCGACGUUGUGAGAACACGCAUGAUGAACCAGAGAAGCCAACAACAUGGGGGACACUCAAACUACAAGGGUACUUUGGAUUGCUUGUUACAAACAUGGAAGAAUGAAGGCUUUUUUGCUUUGUACAAAGGGUUUUGGCCAAACUGGCUAAGACUUGGUCCUUGGAACAUCAUUUUCUUCCUGACAUAUGAACAGCUGAAGAAAUUAGACUUCUGACAUGCUGAACUGCAUACUGAAUUCUGUUAAUGUACUGUUUGAAUUUAGAACAACUUGUAAGUUGUCUUGAGUAUUUUGCUGUUUAUUGUCUGAGAUGCUGGCCAAAGGAAGAGGUUGCUACAAGACUGUUGCGAAUGAGAACAACCUGGAAGGGAUUUCAGGGCAAACCAGUGCCUGUAACAACGCUUGCUCACGUGAGUCAGUGGGAGGAUGAUGCGCGCUGUUUUCUAGACUGAAGCAAACAUGGCGGAAUACCUUCCGUCAACUGUUCAAGUCUUGAAUGUGAAGAUCUGUAAUGCAGCUUUAUGCUGUUGAGACUCAGAUGCAAAGUGCUCUAGAAGAGGCAAAGAACAAUCUUUCUGCAAAGGAAGAUAGGUGGUACCCAGGAGUUGGGCUUUUCCUCUUUUCAGCAGCGUAUACAUUUGACUGUAAUAGUUUAUAGUUUCUGAUUAACUGGAAGUGUCACGAGACAUCUCUGCAGGUUUUCAGUUCAGCAAAAUACCUGCUGCAAUACAAAAUCUGCUUCUGGUUUUAGAGCUUUCCUGUGUUUUAAGUCUUUUGAUAUCUGCAUAACUUGCUGGGAAUAAUCCAGCUUCAUUUGAAAGCGUGGUUGCUACGGUUGUCAGUUCUGCAAAGCUAGGAAAAAAACCAAACAACUCUCUUCAAAUGUAUCAUUCUCGAUUUUCAGCAUAAGUGAUUCUUCAACAUAUCCACAUGUAAAUUGUAAGUAGGAAUGAAGUUCAAACAAGUCCACACUCAUCUGCAUAUCUUGGAGAGAAACUUUCCCUGGUUCUUCCAUUGUUGGGAAGAGCUGCUUGUAAUGGUUACUGGCUGUUACGUAUCAUCUGAAAGUUGCAAGUUUUACGCUGAGCAGUUCCAACUCCAUCAUGUAGGUGCCUAUGUGAAAAGAACCAAACCCCUCCAAAGCUAAGUCUGCUGUAAAGACUGCUUUCCUCAUCUGAAAAGGCUCCCAGACCCAGAACUACUGAGCACUUUCAUAUAGAAAAUGGUCCCGAGUUGCUGCUAUGUGCAAGCAAACAGUUCAUGUAGAAAUCAACCACAACUUCUGUAAAGCAUUAUCUUUUGGCUUAAAGGUGUAUCAAAACUUCAGGGCCAUUAAGUAAACAGUUACAUCAAGGUUCUUACAUGGGUUGCUGUUGAAUUCCAAGAAGGGAAACGUGUAAGGUGCGAGUUGCACGGUGAUCCCUCUGUGUUGGCAGAGGGUAGCAAAGCAGGAUGCGUAGCUUUGGAUUUUUGUGGCAUUGUGCUAAUCUCUUAAGCAUUUUUGGUUAAUCAUACAUUCCGCUUAGAGAAAUUUCAUUGCGAUUUCAAAAUUACUAUAAUAACUUAAAAUGACUGUUUUUGAAUUCACAAAUGGAUUUUUAAAUGCACAAGGCACUUUUUUCCUAAGGUAUAAUGUUUUCUAUGUAUAUAGGUAUGCUUAUGUGCUGUGUUUUUUUUCCUUACAGCUUUCUAUGCUUUCAUAGAAAUAUUUGUAAAUAUUUUUGUACACUAUGUAAACAAAGUAUAUGGUUUACAUUUUUAAGCUUAUUAAAAGCUUUAAAAUUGCU